AUGUCUUCACGGUCAAGCACGUCGCACGAUAAUCUCGAAGAGAAAACAGAAAUGCCCGGGUCACCCGAUAACAGCAAAAGUGAACUAGAUCUGUCGAGGUCCCAGGAUGUGACAUUUGCACCAAUUGCCGCUCAACACGACGAGCGCGUCACACCGCUCCAAAAACAGCGCUCUAAUGCAUCUAAAUCGAUCAGAUCCAUCGAGCGCAGUUGGUCCUUGAAUGAUGGAACUAGUGUUGGUCCAGAUCAGAUUGAUGAGGCCGCGGAUCAAGAUACGGAAUAUACCGUUGGUUGGGAUGAAAAUGAUCCAAUGAAUCCGCGGAAUAUGAGUAAGGGUCGACGCUGGUUGAUUACUAUUAUUGUUUCGUUGGGCUCGCUUUGCGUGGCCUGCACCUCGUCAAUUUAUACCACCACGUAUAAUCAAUUGAUGAGGGAGUUUGGAUGUUCACAGGAGGUUGCUACUCUUGGGUUGUCAUUUUAUAUUUGGGGACUUGGGAUUGGUCCGCUAUUUCUGAGUCCUCUAUCUGAAUUCUAUGGCCGGAGAAACAUCUACAUCAUUUCAUUCUCGCUGUUUCUUGUGUGGAUUGUUCCAUGUGCGGUGGCUAAGAAUACCCAGACCAUGCUCAUCGCUCGGUUCUUCAAUGGACUGUCAGGUAGUGCAUUCUUGAGUGUUGCUGGAGGCACUGUUGGCGAUAUGUUUGAUCGUCAUGAGCUUGCUUUUCCUAUGAUGCUUUAUACUGCCAGUCCAUUUGUAGGACCCGAAGUUGGUCCUCUGGUUGGUGGCUUUAUUAACGCAUUUACCAGCUGGCGCUGGGUGUUCUACGUGCUCUUAAUCUGGACCGGCAUGUUACUCGUCUCGAUAAUCCUUUUUGUCCCAGAGACAUACCACCCAGUGCUUUUGAGGCGCAAAGCGCAGAAGCUCCGCAAGGAGACCGGAGACGACCGAUGGAAAGCUCCGAUCGAGAAGCUCCAACGCACAGUAGCUCAAACGGUCCUGCGUUCCAUGUAUCGCCCUAUUCUUCUUUUGACGUUGGAGCCUAUGUGCCUCUGCCUGUGCAUUUUCUCGGCCAUCCUAUUGGGUAUUCUCUAUCUCUUUUUCGGUGCUUUCCAGCUUGUAUUUGCUGAGGUGUAUGGAAUGGUCAUAUGGCAACGCGGUCUAUGUUUCCUUGGCCUAUUUGUUGGUAUGGUUAUUGCCAUCCUAUCGGAUCCAAUUUGGCGUCGAAAUUAUGUUCGCCUGGAACGUAGUCAUGAGAAAGCGACAAACAAGUUCGGGGAUUUUCAACCAGAGUGGCGGCUGCCCCCAGAAAAAGCUAUCCUAGGUGGGCCUUUGGUAACUAUUGGCAUGUUCAUCUUUGCUUGGACAAUCUACCCUGAUGUCCACUGGAUUGCCCCUAUCAUUGGCAGUGCUGUUUUUGGUGCAGGCACAAUCCUGGUAUACUCGGGUAUCUUUACAUUUUUGGUCGAUGCGUAUCCCACUUUUGCUGCCAGCGCGCUAGCAGCCAAUAGCUUCACUCGGUCAUCCUUUGGAGGUAUCUUUCCAUUGUUUGGAAUUCAAAUGUACAACAACCUUGGAUUUCACUGGGCGACUUCCUUGCUGGCGUUCCUGACUCUUGUCAUGACCCCUUUUCCAUACAUCUUCUACCGAUAUGGAAGGCAGCUCCGAAAGAAGAGUCGAUUUGCAACCUCGCAAACGUGA